UCGAGCGGACUCUUUCGCGCGGAUGACAGCUGGACGUUUUCGCCGCGAGGUUGACAGUGAAAUCCUCGAGCUCAGUUGAGCUGGGAAGAGACGAGUCGUCUCUCGCGUCGCCGAGAGUUCGAGACACGCCGUCGGUGAUAUCCGGCGAGAACUACUGCGUGAAUCGGGUAGUGAUCAGUAGUGAUGCCGUGAUGGGCUGCAGCUCGAGAUCGUUCUUCCUGACCACGCUUCUGCUCGUGGUUGGAUUACUCUCUAUCGCGUUGUUCGCCCAAAUAUCUGACGCGACACGUUUAAGACAACGGCCUGGACCUACGGAUUCUCCAAGAGGAGGUUCCGUGAACGAGGCUGGCGUUUUUGCGUUACGAGGUAGGCAGGAAGGUAGUCGGCGCUCUAGGAAGACUACCACUAGCACAACGAGCACAACGACACCCAGCUCGACAGUGAUAUCUCUGCCUGACGAAGUGGCCCAGCCCGCUGCUCUUUUGGCCCCCGAGGAGGAAUCAUGGUCUACCAGUUCCUCCACCACGACCAAUGUUCCGCUAUCCUCGGACGUAGCCGACACGUCGUCCAAUCCGCCUCUGGAGCUUGUGGUGAAGCCUCAUAGUAAAGUCAUUUUGCCCUGCGAACUGGAAGGAAAUUACUCGAGAUUAUUGCUGCCAGGAGCGAGAAGUUACAGAAUACGACCGGCGACGUGGCUGCACGAGGAUAACCCGGUGGACAUGAUCACAAUAGAUACGAGAACAGAAAUGAGCGGAACCGGGCAUCGAUACAUCGGCGACUCCACGACCGCGGCGUUGCACAUAGACAACGUCAGAUUAGAGGACGACGGUGUAUGGAGCUGCACGUUAGAGAACGACCGAGGGAAGAUCCUCUUCGGCAGACCGGUGAAGCUGGUCGUACUCGAGGCACCUCGUGGGACGUAUCUGCUGAUAGAUGGCCGCCGGCUGGAUCCCGGAAACCAGUUUGUGCCGGUGAAGGAGGGCUCGGAGCUCACUCUCGAGUGCGCGGCCGAGGGUGGAAACCCGCCGCCAGUCUUGGCGUGGGGCAUGACCUUGUCUCAGGCCACUUUAGACGGGCCGGAACAACCGCCGGACAACCUCACCGUGUUGCCCUCAACAUCCGGCGGACGCAGCGGGGCUCACCUUAAGGUCCUCAGAGGACAUCACAAUGCUACCAUCGUCUGUGUCGCGCGUCACAUCACGCUCGUCAUACCGAUGAACGCCAGUAUCCUGCUCGACGUCCAAUAUACUCCAUCGUUUGCGAUAACGCGUUUACCUGGUUUUGGAAUUCCGAUCGUCGAGGGGAUGUCUGUCAGCCUGAAAUGCGAGGUAGACAGCAAUCCAGCCAGCACUCCAAUUUGGCAGCGCGACAAUGGACCGCCCCCCGUAGAGCAGAGCGAUGACGGAUGGUUGAACUUCACAAAAAUCACUCGGGCCGAGAGCGGCUGGUACAAGUGCUACACGCGGCAUAUGCUCGGCAUUUUCACCAGCAUCGGAUAUUUUCUCAAUGUUCGCUAUGAUCCAGAUAUGGAGACCGAGGCGGAAGCGCUGAACGGCGAGGCGACCGAUUCCCGAAGGAUGGAAGUGCAGAUCGGCGGCGCGGUGACCCUCGAGUGCGACGGCGGUUGUUGGGGCCACGGACCGGGAAUGGAUCCGGUAGGUGGGCCCGGACCUCUCGCCCUGAGCCGAGUGGUGUACCAGGAGGCUGGGGAAUAUCGAUGCGUCGCGCCCGAUCGGAAAAUGCAGGACACGUGGCGGGCUCAGUUACCUUACCGCAUCAAGAUUACCGGACGACCCAUGGUUCACCCACUAAGUCAGAGUGUGACGGCAAACGAGGGUGAGCCGUUGGACAUUAUCGUCGAGUUCUGCGCUGAGCCGAGUUACACGAAGGUUCUCUGGAUAUCGGAGGAGCGCGUGUACACACCGGAUGCACCCUCUCAUGACGGGGUCCAAGCUCUCGCAAUCGAGGACGGCGGCACGAAAUCGUGUUACAGGACGACAUUGCGUUUUGAGACGAUUCAGUGGUCUCACGCGGGAGAGUGGCUAGUGCUGGUCCGUUCGCCGGAAGGGAUCGCCGACGCUUCCGUUCGGCUCAAUGUGACGCGCGCUUCCGGAUACAGCCGUGCCCACGUCCGGUCAGUGAGUGUCACGUACCUUCUGCUCUGCCUGAUCCUGCAGGCAUUCCUGCAGCAACAUCGUCGCUGAAGCGAUACGCUGACGAUCCAGGCGGAAAGAAACCUCGGCGAAACUUCUGACGACGCGGAAAGCACGGAUGGUCGGUUUUCCCAAAAUGACGAAGGAAAGCGGCAAGUUUCUCUGUACAUAAUAUUGAAAAUUCUCUUUUUCGACGAAUAUCUCCCCGCGCGAUUCACGCGUUGACGAGACGCGCAUUUGUCCAACAUGCUACGACUUAUGUAUAUCUUUAUGUAUCGCGAAUACAAUAGAAAUUCGAUGAAGUCGUUCCGCUGACACACGCCUUCGGCGCGAGUUACUUACGGCCUUCGUGUUCCUCGGAUCAUGUAGCGAAUUCUCUUGUUCUAUUUGGACGAUUCUAGAUGACGCAUUUACACAAAUGUUUACGAUUUGCGAAGAGAAGCGCGGCCGUCGUCGUACGAAACCUUUAAGCAAGCUUGCGUUCUGUAUGAACGAGUGCAAAACCCAUGCGAUCGAGAAAUGAUUAAAAAAAAAGAAAAA